AUGCCCGCUGCGACUGCUCAACGCUCUGCGAGCGGCCGCAUACUCGAGGCCGCAGGCCUCGGCCUAGGACCUGUUCUCACAGGAGAGAAACUCACGGGGCUUCUUCUCGCCGCUGUUCCAAAGCAAAUCAAGGGAAUCAAGGUCCUCGAUCUUUCUCAAAACACCAUCCGAAAACUGUCUGUGUCCCUCGGAGAAAUUGCGGAACUUGGGCUAGAAUCCGUCCAAGAUCUCAUUCUCCGUGGAAAUCUCCUCCGGCAACUGGACGGCAGGCUCUUAACCUUCCCGCGUCUUUCCCGGCUAGACGUCAGCGAAAACAUCUUGUGCCAAGUCCUCAACUUUGAAACGCAUUUCGGGCUGCGCGAACUGUUUUUCCGACAGAACCGCUUGAAAGACAUCAAUGGCUUCGGGCGCACACCCCUUCACCACACUUUGGAGCGGCUGGACCUGUCUGAAAAUGAUAUUUCGGAUCUGAGAGGGCUAGCGGCUCUGGUCACGCUGGAAAAACUACGAGAGCUCGACGUGCGCGGCAACCCAGUGGAGGAGCAUCCCCUCCAAGGAAACGCCGUGCUCGAGGGCUUUUGCAUGCUCGCGUGCCCGCUUCUGGAGUCUCUCAAUGGCCGCCCCAUCACGGAGAAAGUGCGAGACGCGGUGAUCUGCUGGUCCAGCGAUGACCCUCGCGGUCGCGCGGUGGCUAGUUGUGUCUUCCGAUUCCGGCAGGCGUUCUCCACCCGAGGACUGUAUGGGAUGGGGGAAUUGUCACCAAGCGAGGAAGCAGGCCUCUUUGUGUCCGCCGAAUCGAGAGACGACAGCUCCGUCCCGGACCCCGCAACAAAAAGUCUUCCUGGUUCGCGGAGGGCGGUCUCUCCUCGAAACGCCGGAGGAACGGAGUCACGAGGCCUCAGCGCCAGCGACCGCUCUCGAAAGGAGAGAGCGCAACCUCCCCGAUGCGUUUUCACUCGGGUGUCGCGUGACGCACGAGACAACUUUCGUCUUUUGUCUCCACAGGAGCGCCGAGGCACUGCCCCAGCGGCAUGGAAGGCCCCAGAUCGAGACGGGAGACGCAGUCCGCGCAGAGCCCUGUCGCCUUCCCACCAAGAUGCUCCGACCGCAGGCCCAGAGAGGCCGCUGCCUUAUCAAGAAGACCGGCCUUUCAGCUUGAACGCAACGCGGAACAGUUGCGUGCGUCGAUCCACUUACUCGGAGAGAUGUCGCUUUUCGGCGGCGCUGUCCAGUGCGUCUCGUCGGGGUCACAAGCGCCAAGAGAUUUGUCCUAGGGGGUGGUAUCCAGGAAGAACCCGCGGCGUGACCAAGGCGACGCAGACGCCAGAUUGGUGGCUACCAGAAGAGUGGGAGCUGCGCGAACCCGGAAGCAGACGCAGGCGAGAGGGAACGGAGAGAGGCGGGGGAGAAGGCAGAGGAGCGAGGUGGGGACCGCGUUCGAUGUCCAGCGGGCACUUUGAGUUUUUCAUUAAAGCGAGUGAUGUCGGGCCUCCGGUUUCGGCCGACGAGUUGAGAGCUCUCAAGGCGGGAAACAAGGAGACGGGAACCGCGGAGGAGGAUCCCAUCCUAGAGCAAGGGGGAAACCACGAGAACGAGGCGUAUGAAGUGGAGGCGACCAGCCACGUGGGCAGCGUCUCUGACUGGGCCAGAGAAGCGCCAUACGAAGACUGCACGUCGCAGCAGUACACGGUUUCCGGGGGUUACGGGGAAGACGAGGGACAGGCACUCGAGUACGGAGACGAAGACGAGCACACCAGGAUCUCUCUUCCACUUCCCAAAUUUCAGGGUGGCGAAGUGUACCCGACACAGAGCGGAGACGUUUUCGAUCUCACUCCAGACUCGGAGUGGCCAGGCGACGAGGGCAUCGAGGGGAAGAGAGACAUAGGAAACUACGAUGCCUUUCAGAACGAAGAGGAGGAGGCAUAA